AUCCCAUGGACUGACUUGUUUGUUGUCGAGCAAGAUGGAGUUCCUUUUGGGAAAUCCUUACAGUACCCCUGUGGGGCAUUGCAUUGAGAGAGCUACUGAUGGCUCUCUGCAAAAUGAAGACUGGACCCUUAAUAUGGAAAUAUGUGACAUCAUCAAUGAAACAGAGGAUGGGCCAAAAGAUGCCAUUAGAGCAGUGAAGAAGAGGUUGAAUGGCAACAGGAACUAUCGGGAAGUGAUGUUGACUUUAACGGUCCUGGAAACGGGUGUGAAGAACUGCGGCCAUCGUUUUCAUGCAUUGAUCACUAGCAGGGACUUUGUGGAUGGCGUUCUAGUUAAAAUAAUCUCCCCUAAAAACAACCCGCCUACAAUCGUACAAGACAAAGUACUCGCGCUGAUUCAGGCAUGGGCCGAUGCGUUCAGGAGCAGUCCAGACCUCACAGGCGUGGUCCAGGUCUAUGAGGAGCUAAAGAGGAAAGGCAUUGAGUUCCCGCUGUCAGAGCUGGAGACCCUGUCCCCGAUACACACACCUCAGAGGCUGACAUCUGCUCCAGAGGGAGACUCCACCCUCCAUACGUUCAGCGCCCCUCCUCAGCCCCCCCCACAGGUGGUCCCUCCGGCCUACAUCGCCCCUCAGGUCCCAGUCCUUCAAGCCGCUGGAUCCAUCAAUCCCACACCUGAACAGAUCUGCCGGCUGCGCAGUGAGCUGGACGUUGUGCGUGGAAACACUAAAGUGAUGUCGGAGAUGUUGACAGAGAUGGUCCCGGGCCAGGAGGACGCUUCAGACUACGAGUUAUUACAGGAGCUGAACAGGACCUGUAGAUCCAUGCAGCAGAGGAUAAUGGAGCUCAUCUCUUGUGUUUCCAAUGAGUCAGUGACUGAAGAGCUGCUGCAUGUCAACGAUGACCUCAAUAACAUUUUCCUACGCUACGAAAGGUAUGAGAGGUUUAGAUCUGGAAGGUCCUCGGCUCAGAGCGCCAACAACGGGGUCCUGAGCGAGGCGACGGAGGACAACCUGAUCGACCUCGGCCCCGGCUCCCCGGCGGUGGUCAGCAACAUACCCAACGUGCCCAACGCCCCCCCCACCAGCCUGCCCCCCUCCAUCACCGCCCCCCCAGGGAGACCCUCCUCUCCGGCCACCCUGGCCUCCCGCCUGGCCGGCCUCGACAUGGGAGCUGACAGUGUGAGCAGCACCCUGAGCUCUCUGUCCAGCUGUCAGCCGCCGGGUCAGGACGACUUCGACGUGUUUGCUCAGACCAGAACCGGAGCCAAGCCCGAACCACGCAUCACGACUACAGCAGAAGACAGUAUCACCUCUGAAGACCCCCCCCCAACUCUGGACGUGCAGCAGCCGACUGCAGGAGUGGGUGUCGGAGGCCAGUCCUCUGUCAUGGAUGACAUAGAGGAGUGGCUGUGUACUGAUGUGAAAGGAGAUGAAGGGGAAGAAGGCGUGACCAGCGAAGAGUUCGAUAAGUUCCUGGAGGAGCGAGCCAAAGCCUCGGAGAUGAUCCCCGGCCUCCCCUCGCCCCCCCGCGACGAGCCGGGCGCAGCGCAGGGGACCCCGAGCCGCAAGAAACCAGACCGACCGGAGGACGCUCUGUUCGCCAUGUAGACCUCUGACCUCUGACCCCCAGCCUAAAACCAGCCGAACAGCACCACCAAGGACAGACUGACCCGACUAAACACACCCACCUCCGCUCUGGUUAUCACUCACACUACACUCCUUAAAGAAAAGGGAACCGUUCAUACUGUUCAUUUCCAAAACCAAACAAAGGCCUAUUUUCCUACGCCACCAGAGGAUGGAGACUUUGAGGCAGAGCGCUUUAAUUCUCCUUCUUCUCUGUGUGUGAAGAAUAUCCCUCCGCCUGCUGUGGACUGCAGAGCUUCAUGUCGCAGCUAACAUUUUAUAAAAUCUGCUUUCCUUGUCAUUCUAAGUAGGAUUUCUUACCCUCAAAGCAUGCAUUUAAACCCCCCCCCAAAAUCAUUUAUAAUUAUAGAAACCCCCCCCCCCGAGAUAGGUCGUUAUUGCCCACUGAGAGACAUGAUAUUGUUUUGGUGUUUGUAUCGGUCCCUUUGAAAGUCAGUCCGAGUUGUAAAUCUGUAAAUGACAAAUGUCACGUUUAUUAGUCGUGUGUAUAUUUAAGCUACAGAUGUUUAAAAAGAGGUGUUGAUUUAAUGUUGUUUUUGAAAAAGGGGUUUAUCUUCCAGCUGCUCUGACAUGAGGGAUGUACCUCGCGGGGUUUUUCAAAAGGGAAGAGUAUACAUUUGAUAAUCUACUAAAUUAAUUUAAGAAGAAGGGAAUGCCUGAUCGGCAUAAUUGCGCACCAAACCGACAAAUGUGUCCUUUUACCCUCCUCGAAAAUCACAUAUUGUUGAGGUAUUGACAUUAUUUUGGAGAGAUUUUAUUCACCUUAAGCUGCCGUCUUCAUUUUUGCAGGGAGAUAAUUCAAUCUGCUGAAAGAAAUGCCGUUUAAAUAUCUCGGUUUUAUCAUUUUUUUUUGCUGAGAAGUUGUCAUGAGUUAAAGAGACACAUGCUGUCAUUUACUGUGGAUUCGUUAGAUGUAUGAUUUAUGGUUUAAAAUUCAGUUUAGAGGACCAAAAUGGUGCUUUUUAAUUUUGAAUUAAGCUGGAAAACACUUGGAUAAUUAGGUUUAACUUUACAUAACUGGUCCUCUCUUUGUCUGAGUUGAACACGCUGUAAUGAGAGUUCAGUAUCACACUACAAAAGCUGUUUGCACAUUUUUUAUUUGUGCAUUUUCUCCGUUAUUUCCUCACGCCGACACCUUAAAAGGGCCUGACCUUUCCCCAUGACAUUUGUUUUCAGAAAGGAGCCGGGCUGCAGAGCUACAAAUGAGAUAUUUAACAACGUUAAAUGCAACAUGUUACACAAUCACGACAAGCUUAGAAACAAGCGUGCACUCUUGACAGCGCGUUACCUUUCAACCUGUACUGUAAAUCAACAGAUGUAAUUAAUAAUAAUGAGUUGGGAAAUAUUUUUGAGCAGAAGUGUAGAACUAAUUUAUUCAGCGCUCUUGUUUUUGUUGUCUUCGGAUCAUGUUAUUGUGCAAAAGAAAAAGGGAGAGAAUGAGGGAUUGUCAUAACGGCAUGUGUUUUAGUUUUUAUGUUAAUAGAGUUUCAUUGAAAAUCCUUUUUUUAUAUACAUUGCUGCUGGCUAAUGGUUCUUGAUUAUGUGAGUAUUCUGUUAAAAAGGGCGGUCCGACACGGAGUCAAUCACACCAAUUAUCACAUGAAGAAUACAUAUUUGUAUUGAUCUCACUCGCAGCGUUACCUAUCCUGUAACAAAGCAUCAACAUUGCACAUUUCUGAAAGGGACACCUCACUUCUCCCUGUUUGUUUUAGUGUUCAGUGUGUGUGUGUGUGAUCUGUAACGCAGAAACAUUUUAUCUCAAAAGAAGAGAAGAAAGAAGCCUCCAAAUGUGUGUUUUUAAAAAAAAAAAAGAAGAAAUACAUGUUUCUCUCCCGUUUGACCUGGUUUCUAUCCGUGUGAGCUCUCGUCAGUGAUUUGUAACUGAAUCUCAGCAUCAGAACAAACCGUGUCUUUGUCCGUCGUGGACCUUACGAACAGAGAUGCUGAUAAAAGAGGCCGUGCUGUGCGACUGCUGCUUUCUGCCUCAUUUCUCUUUGUGUUUGACUCCCGCAUGAACUCUAAUAAAACAUUAGCAGUGUGUCCGAAA